GGACUAAGCGUGCCUAGCAAGGGCGGCGAUUGGUUACGGAGGGGGGAGAGAAUCCGUAAGGAUCUGUCCCCACCUUCUGUGUUUGGGGUUAAAGAACCCUCAACUUGUAAGUAUUUGGCUGAGAACAUGGCAACAGAGGUAGCUACCAUGCUUCAGUUGCCGUAUGAGUCUACUGAUUCAAGCAGCAAGUCCUCCGUGGGAAACAGUCAGACUCCAAAAAAGUCAGCGAUCAAAACAAGCCCCCUAAAGCUCUUGGAUCCAGGUCGUUCAAAACUUACCACUGUUGAGACGAAGAGGAUCAUAUCUGUUUUGGAUGAGACCAUCUUUAAGAUAGAACUGAUCAGUCUGAUCACUCACAUUACUGAAUUUCUGGAUGGCUUAAGCACUAUACUGGGAUCUGAGCUCAUGGAUACCUUUAAGGAGCAUGAGCAACUUUCAAACAACAUGGAAGCGCUACUUACCCAGCUUCAAAGCAAAGGUCUCCUGAAGCAGGAAGAUGGAAGAGGGGACCUUGUAGGAACUGAGGAACAAAUCCACCGUCUUCAAUUGCAUCAGCAAGCUGUAAAAAGCUCUAUCAGAAAUAUUCUGAGACUCUUUCAGGCUGACCCGCUAGCUUCUCAAGCCGUGAGAGAUGAGGCCUAUGCUAGGGAUUUAUCAGCUGAAAUGUUUAUUAAAAACCUUUCAGCGUUCCGGGGAUUCUUGUUUGAGAAACUCCUGACUAGUCCCUUAGAAGAACAAGAAAAGAUUCAAUUCAUGGAAGAAAUCUCCCUCCGGGAUAAGAAAAACACUGAAACCAUCGCAGCUUUAGAGACAGAACUUGCAGCGGCAAUCCAGAGUCGAGACGAUGAGAUUAUGAAAAAGAAUGCUGCAAUCAAGGAUCUCAAAAGCCACUUACUUCAUCUGGAGAAGUACUCUGAAAGCCACAUCCAACGCACCAAGCAGGAAGCAGAGAAACUCCAAAAAGGGGAGCUGCGAAGUUCCCAGGGAAAGUGUGCCAAGAUACAGCAAGAUAUACAUCAGCUAAGAGCACAGCUCAAUGUUCUCAUCAUAGACAAUAGAGACUCAGAGCUGGCUCUCAGAAAGAAGAAAUACAAAGUGGAGAUGGAAAUCGAGAACUGGAUCCAGAAAUAUGAUGCUGACAUGGGAGAAAAACAGACUGAGUAUGAGGAAGUCGAUGCUGUCUAUACUGAAGAGAAGGCCCAGCUUGCUGAGCUGAAGAAGAAGUAUGCUGUGCUUGAACAAGAGUAUUCCCAGAUCAAGGAGGAGAGGAGGCUAUCCCAAGAGAAGAAGGAAAGAGCUGAGAGGGAACUGGCUAUCAUGGUCCGUGCUGCCAUCCACAUUCAGGCCUUCUGGAAGGGCUACUUGGUCAGGUCACUGUUAAAGUCAAAGAGAAAGAAGAAGGGAAAAGGCAAGAAGAGCAAGAAAUAAAUUAGUUCCAUCCUUUCCCCUUGCUCUCUCUUCCCAGCAUUGUAGACAUUUCUCUUUGGACCUCAGCUAUCUAGGGUGUCGUCACUUCAACCAGACAAACAACCUCUCCAGGAUGUCUAUGGUUUGUAUAUACACAAAUCUGGCAUGUAAAAAUGAUUCUGUCAUAAAUAAAUGUCAGCCAACAUGUUAGACUUC